UCCUUACUAGAAAAAAAUUCUAGUAAGGCCUACAAACCCAGAGAUCGAGCGGCGAUUGGUUGACUGGUCUGCGGUUGCCGAGUUAGGGCUCUGCCAGCAUCAAGGCUAGCCAGGCAUCAGCCCAGUUUUGCGGCAUACCAUUAGUGUGACUGACUGACUGGCGGAGUGCUGAACAAGAGUUGCCGGUGUCUUGAUAUUCGUGACGAUGGACGUUAGUAAUCAUGCUUCAUCUCCUGUCAGAGGCGAAUUGCUGUCGGAGGGCAAGACGAAGCAAAUCUACGCCAUUAAAGACGAUCCUCAUCAUGUGAUCGUAGUCAACAAGGAUCGCAUCACGGCCAACAACGCACAAACUGCGCACGAUUUAGAGGGCAAAGCCGAAUGUUCCAACUCUACGAACGCCAAAGUGUAUUCGUACCUCAACCAAGCUGGCGUGCCGACAUCGUUUGUGCGGAAACUUAGCGCGACCACAUACUUGGCCCGCCGCUGCCGCAUGGUACCUCUAGAGUGGGUCACGAGAAGGAUCGCUACAGGAUCAUUCCUCAAGCGCAAUCCUGGCGUCAAGGAAGGCUUUAGAUUCGCUCCUGUGAAGCUCGAAACCUUCUUCAAAGACGACGCUGCCAACGACCCGGAGUGGAGCAAAGCCCAGGUUCUGUCCGUCCCUGCGGGAGAGGCUGGCGUGCUAACGGAGCGCCAGUACAGCACCAUGGCCAGCGCCAGUGUCGCCGUAUUCGAGAUCCUCGAGCGCGCCUGGGCAGUUCAGCGCUGUACUUUAAUCGAUAUGAAAGUAGAGUUCGGCUUCGACACCGAAACAGGUGACCUUCUACUAUCUGACGUAAUCGACAACGAUUCUUGGCGUCUGUGGGAGAAUGGCAAGAAGGAACUCAUGAAGGACAAGCAGGUUUACCGAAACUUGAAGGACUUCACAGUCGAAGAAAUGGUUAAAGUAAAACUCAACUAUCUUUGGGUUAAUGAAAAACUGGACGGAUUUUCAGAUGGCCCUGAAAAUACGGUGGUUAUACUAAUGGGUUCUCCUGCUGAUUUGGCCAUUAGCGAGGAUAUUAAAAAGCAUUGCGAGAAACUUCUGCUGUCGGUCGUGAGGCGCGUCAUGUCUGCGCAUAAAGUCACUGAAGAGACCUUGAAGACUGUGCAAUACUACAACAGCUUGCCAACGCCUGUCGUCUUCAUUGCUGUGGCGGGCCGCAGUAACGGACUGGGCCCCGUGCUGUCCGGCAACACGACGCUGCCUGUCAUCAACUGCCCUCCAGUCAACAAGAAGGAACAAACCCACGAUAUUUGGUCGUCGCUCAGCGUUCCUUCUGGUUUAGGUUGCAGCACCGUUAUAUACCCAGAGACUGCCGCCCUCCACGCUGCGUCCAUUUUCGCCCUCACGGACCACAGAGUCUGGAGCAGACUUAGGGGCCUGCAACUGCAGCGAGAGCGCGCUCUUCAAAAAUCUGAUCAAGAAUUGCAAGAGGAAUAAGUGAUUUCUACAAUUUUUUUACUGCAUAGAAUCUAAUAAGUCUGCGAACAGAUUUAUUCAUUUAUAAACAAAGGAGCGAUGGUGAAAUAUUCCUAUCUUGUUCCUUUCGUUCGGAAUUCGCAGUUCUGAUUUAAUUGUUACGUAGGGGAUAUAAAAUUAUAUUCAGAUUUUGUAAAAUAAAAUUAUUUGGUAUU